AUGUGAUUAUCGCGUUAUUUUGUAUUAAUUUUUUUUUUUUUUUCCAUUUUUAAUGUUAGUAGCCGAACAUUGACGGUUUAUAGAAUAAAUAAUAAUAAUCAAGAUGCCGCCGACCACCAGAAAUGUGAAUCAAACAAAAGAAUUAAGUGAAAAACUUUUGGUUUUACAAUAUUAUUAUUUGAUAUUUUUUCAGUUUUCAAAGUUUUCAAGAAAUAUGAGAUUUUACACAAGAUAUACCGGUUAUUUCCAUAGUUAAAAACAAAAAAUUAUUUAAGAUAAAAAAUGAAAGUGUAUAAAAAUUGAAGUAACAAAUUAAAUUUUAAAUUUUAAUUUUAUGAAAUGAUUUUACAUUGUAAUUGUAAUGAUAUUUGAGUGUAAUUGUUCAAUGUACUAGAAAUGAAGCUAUUUAGUGUUGAAUAUUUGAGAAAAUAAAAAUUCAAAUAUUUUUAAUAAAUUAUUUUUGAUCCUUGUAGUUAAGUAGAAGUGCAAAGUGAAAGGGAAAAAUUACAAAUAUAUAACAAAAUGUCACAAUCAACGGAGGCAAACUGUGAAAAUCAAGUUGCUGUUUCAGAUUUACCAUUAACAUUUAAGGUUAAAUAUAUUGGCAGUGAAUUAGCACGAGGCUUAUGGGGCAUAAAAUAUACUCGACGACCUGUUGAUAUAAUGGUUGGAGCGGCAAAAAAUCUUCCACCAAACAAAGUAUUACCACAUUGUGAUUUAACAGUUUCUACAAAUGGUGUUGAAUUACAUAUAACAGCACCAAAAACAAAUGAAACAACAUGGAAUUAUCCAAUUGAUACAAUAUCAUAUGGUGUACAAGAUUUAGUUUAUACAAGAGUUUUUGCAAUGAUCGUUGUCAAAGAAGAUAAAAAAAAUCCAUUUGAAGUUCAUGCAUUUGUAUGCGAUAGCCGUGCAACAGCUAGACAAUUAACAUUUGCAUUAGCUGCAGCAUUUCAAGAUUAUUCAAGAAGAGUUAAAGAAAAUUCUGACGAUAUAGAAUCGACAGUAACCAAAAAAAGAUUUGCAAUUGAUUUAAGAACACCUGAAGAAUUACAACAAUGUUUAGAUGAAGAAACUGAAGCAUAGAAAUAAUUUUUAACAGGAAAACUAUCAUAGUAUAAAAAAUUAAUAUAAAAAUUAAUAGUAAUAAACUUAAAAAAAAAUAUUUUUUGUAAAAUUUAAUAUUGAAAAAAGUAAUUGAAAAACGAAGUUAAUUAGAAAUUUUAAUUAUUAAUAAAUCAUCCAAUAGUUGUGAAUCAAAAUAAAUAAUUAAACCAUUAUUUAGAUUAAAUGAUAUUUGAAGAAAACAAAAUUUUAAUAAUAUAAUUUAUAAAUUUUUACAAUAAUUCUACAAUAACUUAAGCAAAAAAAAAUUUUUUCGAAAAACUUAAUUUUCAAAAAUUAAACUGGCAAACAAUAAUUUCUUUUUAAAUAACAGUGGCAGCCGUAUAACUUUAAAUAUAAAAUAUUUAAUUGAACAUAACAUAGAAUAGUUACGGCUUAAUGAUUAAAUUAUUUCAAAAUACUAUAGCCCCGUAGCUAGUAAUUUGUGACUUGAAAACUUGGGACCAUUAUGUAAGUAAAUAUAAGUUUACGUUACUUAUAAGUAGGUAUUGCUGCACAACACAAAGACACUAGAAACAAAAUUUCCUCUUCAGUUGUAUUUGUUCUUAAUCUAUCAUCAAUCUUCAAUUGCAAUAUGCAAGUUUAAACAAUUAUUUAAAUAUUUUGCAGACAUUUUCAAUCUACAAUAUAAAAUAAAUUUUUAAAAAUUAAGCUUGUUCCAAAUAUAAUUUCUAAAAUAUUUUAUAUGAAUGUAUAUAUAUAAUUAAUGUAAAAAUCAAAACUUUAAUUUAUUAAGUGCAUCAUAAGGUUUACAAUAUAAGAAUGUUAUAUAAUAUAUGUUUCAAGAAUAUUGUUAUAAAAAAACGUAUUUAAGCGAAGAAAUAUUAAUUUUUAAUUUUCAUACAGCUAGAUUAAAACUUAAGAAAACUUAAUUUUUACUGCAUAAAAGUAUUAAAAUAUUAUAAAUGCAAUGUUCUGUAAUAAUGUUAAAUAUAGUUUUAGGUUAUAAUAAUAACCUUAUAUAAAAAAUAUAAUAAUAUCUAACAUUAAAGUAAUUUUGGAAAA